AUGCCGACUUACCCCAACUUCAGCACAGCAAAACUUAGCACCAACUCUUUGUCCCUCGACCGCAUCAUUUACUGCCUCAUCCUCGCUUCGAUGGAGGCGGAGGCCGGGUGCCAAUGUUCGAUAGGCGCCUUGCAGGUUAUGAAUGAAAUCCGAAGCGUGCCGACUGUGGUGGAACUCGAAACAAUUCUCGGGCUGGUUGACCGCAUACAUAUUCAGGGCCAAGCUAUGCUCAAAUGCAAGGAGUGCCGAGCGAACCCCGGAUCAACCCUCUUGACGCUCCCAGCACUGGCAGACCAGUCCCUUGCUCUUUUCGAGGCCGCUUGCUUGGCAUACAACGUUACGCGAAAAGACGCGCUGUUCGAUCCCUCGCUGCCUCAGUUCCUAUGCAUACGGAGCAAGAUGCAACUAGGGCAGAUGGACCUCGACGACGACGAGACGGUGGUGCUGGUACGGAUGCUGCUUGGGAAAAACUCGAUGAAACUGCUGGAGCUGUUGAAGGGACUACGAUCCCUUGCGAAGGAUUGUGGGCAGUCACAUAGAGCAGGAGCCGCGACGUUGAGAGCAUGCGAAUCUUCGGUUGAGCCGUCAAUCCAUCGUCUGGCCGUCUUCAUGGAGCAGAUUGAAGCCGAAACUGGAAGUUAA